AUGUUGAUGCCCAAGGGUGAAGUGAAUUGGAAGUCCGCCCGGGGCCGGCUGCCUCCAUGGCGAGCCAUCGUGGUCUUAUUAACACGAACUCGCUUUUUGGUGUCGGUGGCCGCGACGGGGUUGCUGAUCUUGCUGUGGCGAGGUGUCAGCAAGUCUGCAUCGGGCAUGCAAAAUUUCUACUGCUACGGCUCGUCCAAGUCGCCGAUGGAAAUGUCCAUCAACGAGAUGGUCGAGUGGAACGCGCACUCCCAGACCCCCGUCCUCUUCAACCACCAUGACCCCUACGAAGUCAACAGCACCUCCAUCUCCGAAGUCGAUCUCAAUCCGAUCCGCUCGUCCUCCCAAGCCAUCGCCAACCGCGAGCGAGUGCUCAUCCUGACCCCUCUCCGUGACGCCGCCGACUAUCUGCAAAAAUACUUCGAGCUCCUCUACAAACUGACCUACCCCCACGAACUGAUCGAUCUGGCUUUCCUCGUUGGGGAUUGCAAAGAUGACACCCUGGCCAACCUGGCGGCAGAGUUAGAUCGCAUCCAGAACCACGCCGAAGACAAGAUUGCCUUCCGAAGCGCCACCGUUGUGCGAAAGGAUUUUGGCGCCGAUGUCGAGAUGAACGUGGAGGAGCGACACUCGUUUGCGGCACAGGGCCCCCGCCGGAAGGCUAUUGGCCGGGCUCGUAACUAUCUCCUUUAUUCGGCGCUCAAGCCCGACCACUCCUGGGUGUACUGGCGUGAUGUCGAUAUCGUGGAUUGCCCUGAGCGGAUCAUCGAGGACUUCAUCGCUCAUGACAGGGACAUCCUCGUGCCGAACAUUUGGUUCCACCGCUACCGGGACGGCCGUGAUAUCGAGGGUCGCUUUGACUACAACUCGUGGAUCGAAUCCGACAAGGGCCGGCGGUUACGAGCAACCCCCCCCCCGGACACCGUUCUAGCGGAAGGCUACAAGGAAUACGACACGGGCCGGACCUACCUCGUCAGCAUGGGUGACUGGAGAAAGAAUAAGGAUGAGGAGGUCGAGCUGGACGGCAUUGGUGGCGUCAACAUCCUGGUCAAGGCCGAUGUCCACCGCUCCGGCAUCAACUUCCCCGCAUACGCAUUCGAGAACCAAGCCGAGACCGAAGGAUUCGCGCGCAUGGCCAAGCGCGCCGGGUAUCAAGUAGUCGGCCUGCCCAACUACGUGGUCUGGCACAUUGACACCGAUGAGAAAGGUGGAAACCUGGGAGAUCGCAAGGCGUACUAA